AUGAGCUUGAUCACCAAGUACAUCACCAAGGCCACGGUGAGAUUCGAUCCCUUCGGUACCCUGGCGGCGUCGGCGCGGUCGUUCCUUUCCCGGGUGCCUUCUUCGGCCAAAGUCGACCUCCGGGUGUUGAACGCUCAGCUGAAAGAAGCGCCUCUCAUCGAGGUCACCUUCAAGGACAAGCACGUCAUGAAGGCAGACCCGCUGACAACCACAUACAACGAUCUUACUGACUUGCUCAACUCACACUCGAGAAAGUUGUUGAUCCAGGACGCCGUCAACGAGAGUUAA